AAUCACUUUAUGUCCGAAAAUCCCGAAGACUUUUAUUUAUUACGGAUCUCAAACAUUCACUAACCAAACAAAACACAAAAGUAACAACAACAAACAACCUCUCUCUCCAACCACCACCACCGUCACCGUCAUCAAAAAUGGGGAAAGGAGGCACACUCAGCGACACCGUAAUAAAAAAAAUCAUCCUCUCAUACAGCUACGUAGCGAUAUGGAUCUUCCUAAGCUUCACAGUCAUCGUCUACAACAAAUACAUCCUCGACAAGAAGAUGUACAACUGGCCUUUCCCGAUCUCACUCACCAUGAUCCACAUGUCCUUCUGCUCAACCCUCGCUUUCCUCCUCAUCAAAGUCUUUAAAUUCGUCGAGCCUGUGUCCAUGUCUCGCGACACUUACCUCAGAUCCGUUGUCCCUAUAGGAGCUUUGUACUCUCUCUCCCUCUGGUUAUCAAACUCCGCUUACAUCUACCUCUCUGUCUCCUUCAUACAGAUGCUCAAAGCUCUCAUGCCUGUGGCGGUUUAUUCCAUCGGUGUCUUGUUGAAGAAGGAAGGGUUUAAAUCGGAUACUAUGGUUAAUAUGUUGUCUAUCUCGUUCGGUGUAGCGAUUGCUGCUUAUGGUGAAGCGAGGUUUGAUGUGUUUGGUGUGAUUCUUCAGCUUGGUGCUGUUGCUUUUGAAGCUACACGUUUGGUUUUGAUUCAGAUCUUGCUUACAUCUAAAGGCAUCACGCUUAAUCCCAUCACGUCUUUGUAUUACGUUGCUCCUUGUUGUUUAGCGUUUUUGUUUUUCCCUUGGAUCUACGUUGAGUUUCCUGUGCUUAGAGACACGUCUAGCUUCCACUUUGAUUACGCUAUCUUUGGGACGAACUCGUUGUGUGCGUUUGCGUUGAAUCUUGCUGUGUUUCUUCUUGUUGGGAAGACUUCUGCUUUGACGAUGAAUGUUGCUGGUGUGGUUAAAGAUUGGUUAUUGAUUGCUUUCUCGUGGUCUGUGAUUAAGGAUACUGUGACUCCUAUUAAUCUUUUUGGGUAUGGGAUUGCGUUUUUGGGAGUUGCGUAUUAUAAUCAUGCCAAGUUGCAGGCGUUGAAGGCUAAUGAGGCUCAGAAGAAGGUUCAGCAAGGGGAUGAGGAGAGUGGGAGGUUGUUGGAAGAGAAGGAAGGUGGUGGUGGUGAAGGUAAGAAGAUUGAGUCUGAGAACUAAGUGAAAAAGAGAGACUUUACUCAUAAGAUAUAAUAAGAGCAUGGAAGUGAAGUAUGCUUCUUGUGGAACUCUAUUAGGUGGCUUUUGAUCAUAAUGAUUUGCUCAUAGGUAGUCAUGUCUUCUUGUUUUUUUUUUCUAGCUAUUUUCUCUUUUGGUAUUGUUUUCUUUCAAGCUAUUUUAUGAUUACAAGGGUGUUACAAAAACCUCUGUU